AUCAUUCCGGCGCGACACUCGUGCGAUCUUCCGUUCCGCCUGACAUUCGUUCCGCGGAUCCACGAGACAGACGCGAACCGAGCCAUGAGCGCCGAUAACUCGCGUCCAGAUGCUCUGCUGCCGUUACGAAACCUCUGUAACUCCGUGAAAAGCAGCAGGGAUCGAGUGAGAGAUGGAGAGUCGAAUGAAUGCAGCGGGGCGUUCAGCUUGUCAAACUUCUGGGAGAUUAUGAAUGAAGCUGUUAAAGCAGCGUCUCAAGAAGCAACAAAACUCAGCGUGAUGUUCUCGAAGCCGCCGCUGCCAUCAGAGGAGGGUUGUGUGAAAAUAGCCGAAUCUGUUCAGAAGAGCGUGUUGACGUUGACUACGGUUUAUUUUUGGUUACCAAAGAGCCAAGGAGUUACGCUGAGGAAGGUGCUCCGAGACGCCACGGCGCAGGUGCUGGAUGGACUCGCUCAGCUGCUCGAGGCUCUGCUCUGCUCUCCUGGAGAAAGUCUCUCGCAGGAGCAGCUGAUGUCCACCGGAGGCGUCUGGGCCGCGUGUGACCAGUUUAACCAGCUGCCGAAAGAUAACCGCAGUGCUGUGUUGAGCGUCUUGACGUCAUGUGUUGGUUUGGUGAAAGACGCCUCGGAGGAGAUGGAGCAGGCUCUGGCUGAAGCUCAGGACCCGUUUGGGGACGUGUUGGAUGUUGAUGAUGAUGAUGAAGCAGACGGCAGGGGUAAUCAGGACACGUACUGGUCCGAGUCGGACCGGCUGCUGAUCGCUCGGUGUCAGGGUCUGAUGAAGGCGUCCGGAGCGAGUCUGCGCAAACUCUCCUCCGCCGUCAGAAACAACGGCAAACUGGAGACGGACGAGAACAUCGCGCAGCUAGACGACCUCGCAGACGCAGCUAAAGAAAUCAGUCCCAGCGUUGAUGACCUCGCCCUCAGUCUCUACCCCCCCGUGGAGCGGUCGGCCGUCGAGAUGAACGUGUGUAAACUGGCGUGUGUGCUGAAGAAAGUGCUGGAGAUCACCAGGUCCAGUCAUGUCUGUGUGGAGGCUGAUGUGUCCUGGGUGGAGUUUCUGAACAGCGCUGUGGAGCACAACCUGGAGAAGAUCCGAUCCCUGCUGCUCCUCUGAGGCUCGUAGCGUUUGCUCGGAUAAACCAGGUUCAGUGCUUUCAUUCUUCUUGCAGAAGAACUCGGACUGCAGAAUGUGUUUCGAUGGAGUCUGAACUUUGCCCGAGUUCCCCAGAUUUCCCAAAGCUAUGAAUUAGUCCAUCUUUCUGAACGAUGCUGUAAUUCAUGAUGUUCACAGACGCUUGACCUCUGAUAUCAUUUCUUUAUUUUGCAGUUUAUUUAGUAGUGCUGUCAA